AUGACGGACGACUGGAGUGACCGCGCGAACAACAACGAAGGCGGUAUGCGCGUGAUGGCAUACAAGGCGAAAAUAUCCGAUCGCAUCACUAACACGUUAAUUAUCCUUCACACCAUGUCAGUCGUCACGUAUUGCACUGGGAUGAUCAUCGCUGAAGUAGACAUCACCGAUCAAACGAUCGAAGUGCCUUACAUCAACAAGUUAGACUUCCCCUUCACAAUUAACACACAGCCGAUGUAUAGAUUCGUGCUGAUCGCAGAAUACGUACAUAUGAUACUAAGCAACUGGGGAGCUGGUCUCUCGAACAUUAUACUUAUGACUAUGGCGAUUGGUUCACCCGACGCCACGGAACAGAUCGUGAAAUCUAUCCUGUUUUACACUAUAACGAAUCUCGAGGCGUUCGUGUUCUGCUUCGCCGGGGAAUAUCUGAACAAUAAGAGCAAAGCAAUCGGAUACGCAGCGUACGAUUGCACGUGGUACAAUUUGAAGUCCAAGGACAGCCGCAUUUUAUUGUUCAUAAUAUUAAGAUCGCAGAAGCAGUUAACGCUCACGGCUGGCAAGAUGAUGGAUCUCACCUUAGAAUCCUUCGCAAAUGCAAUUGGAACACCCGACGCCACCGAACAAAUCGUGAAAUCUAUCCUAUUUUACAUGUCGACGAAUCUUGAGGCGUUCAUAUUUUGCUUCGCCGGGGAAUAUCUAAACAACAAGAGCAAAGCAAUUGGAUUAGCAGCGUACAAUUGCGCGUGGUAUAAUCUGAACCCUAAGGAGAGCCGCAUUCUAUUGUUCAUAAUAUUAAGAUCGCAGAAGGAAUUAACGCUCACAGCUGGCAAAAUGAUGGAUCUCACCUUACAAACCUUUGCAAGUAUCAUGAACGCAUCAGGAUCAUACUUGUCAGUGCUGUUGGCGGCGCAAUGAACGUUGCAUUCGUCCCGACGACUCUCGAGUGGUAGUGAAGCAUGUAUCGAACACAGGCGGAUAUGUAAAUAUAUCCUCACUAGUUAUUGAGACAUACACUGUAAUAGCGUUUAUUUUUGCUCAAAUACAUUCGGAGAAAUAAAUCUGAUUCACGGAAUAAUUUCCAGGACAAUGUCGCAAACUGCAUAAAACUGAUUGGAACGUUAACUUGAGA